AUGCGCCAAAUGCGUCAAAUGAAUGAUAUAGGCAGAGAUGAAGCGAAAACGUUGAAGGAAGAAGAUGAAAAAAUUGGUUAUGUUUAUACGAGUGCAAAAGGUUACUUACGUGAUAAACAAAAAUUUCAACGUACACGGCGAGAAUAUUCCUACUUACCGUAUUAUGAAAAUAUCAAUCGGAAUGCUUCUUUUUGGUUGGAGCAAAUAAAAGCAGGCCUAGCUAAUUCCACCUUAUCAUAUGCUGCCGAUUCAGGAAUUUCUUUUUGGAUGAAUGAACUUAGCCAAUAUUUAAAUCGUUUCUUUUGUCGUUUCUCUAAGGCCGAUCAUAUAAAAUUAAUCAAUUUCAUUUAUAAUGUUAUAUUGGAGCCAGAUUAUGAUCGAAGGCUUAUUCAUAAAGCUUGUUCAGUUAUCAAAACGUUGAUUAAUGAUGAGAUAAUUAAGCGUAACGAUUUAACCUUACCUUGGAGACCAAUUUAUGAUUUGUACAUCGAAGUAACUUAUCAACGAAAUAUUAAAAAUUUGGACAAAUCAAACAUUCGUUCAGCAGUUUUAGCUGUCAAAGAAUUAUUUCCAUUAUCAGCAACAAAGGAAAUUCUUGAUGAGAUACGUCCAUUUAUUGACGUAUGGAACGAUUAUGCUAUGACUAAAUUUGUGAAUUUAUUCUCAGCUUUUAUACCACUUAAAAUGUCCAAUGAUGAACAUGACCUUUAUGGUGCUGGAUUAUGGUAUGAUGAAAUGUGGUAUUUUUAUAAUUUUGUUGAAAUGAACAGCUCGUGGGAAACUCGCAUACAACACAUAUUCUCCGCGAUAAGUGAAUAUUGUCCAGGAUAUAUUGAUUGGUCAUCGAAGCAUACAAUCAUUUUUUCAAAACUUUUGCGGACACUAAAUCUAAGUGUAAGAUAUAAUAAAGUAGCAGUUGGUGAUGGAACGGGAAUGGGUUCUGAAAGUUCAGGAGCAGAAUGGAUCGUAUGGAUGUUAGGUGGAGUAAAUGAAAGUGCUCAUCGAUGUUUCGAGCGAUUGAUCAAAUGCGUCGAAUCUUUUCUGCAUCCAUUGCACGAAGGUGGUCAUACGCCAACUUUACAGUCAUUUUUAGAUUCUCUUGUUAACGAAAUGGUGCGACGUGUUCGCAUUGAGCGAGUACGUAAAAAAACCAGAAAUAAGGUACCUUUAAAAAUGCGCCUUUCCGAUGAACAGAUUGAAUGGUUCGUCAACACAUUACUUCCAUCUGUGCAUUAUUCAGUAUUUUCAACGACUGAAACAUCAGUGUCUAAUAUUAUGCGAAAUUUAGCAUUCCUUUCACCGCAACUUGUCCUACCAAAAUGUCUUGACUUAAUUUAUCCAUCGCUAUCAACAAUUACAGAACCACAUCGUUUGAAGCAGUCAUUGGAAUGUAUUGUCGAAAUUUGUGUACCAUUGGUACGUGAUGAUGGUACCUAUAACUAUCGAACAUAUAAUGUUUGUAAGCAAGAUUGGAUUCUUAGUGUUAGUAAAAUUAAAGAGGACAAAGAUGAUAAAUUGUCGUCGUCGUCAUCGUCAUCGUCAUCGUCAUCGUCAUCGUCGUCGUCAAUUAUAAAUGAUUCGGAAGUUCGUUCUGAUAACUGUCGAAUACCAUUGCGUGAACAUGCAAUUUUUCUGCUUGAACCAUUGAUUGAAGCUAUCGAUAUCAAUGAUUUUCAAAAACUUUCGCUUUCUUUGCAGACUCUUGAGACUAUUUUUCAAUUAAUCCCAAUUGUAAAUUGUUCUGCUGCUCUUGAAAUGGAACAAUAUGCAAAUUUAACUGAUGAGGAAAAACGUCUUUGUAAAUUAACAGGAAGAUUUCCAAGUAUUGUACAGAAUUUUGUGAAUAAAGUAUUCAAAGUGAUAACACAAUUGUCAAGCUCUGCACCAAGUGAUGGCAUAUCAUACGUUGAUUCGAUAUGUGAUAACUCGGAGAUAAUAAUGACUGGAAGUGAAGAAAUUGUGAUCAGUACAAGUAUUCAAAGCGCUUUUCAUGCAUUAUUCUCUAACUGUUCAUCAAAUUUUGUUGAGCUAAUCGGUGAUCAAACCUAUAAAUUCAUUUCAACAUCUGAAUUUGAAAAUGUGAUUGCUGCGGAUGCUGCAUUAUCACUUAUCCAAGAAUCCACUUAUGCUAAUCCGGUCCGUUAUUUUCCGAUGUAUAUUGAAUUCUUAUUGAAGAAGCAAAAACAGCAUAUUACAGAAGAGAAGAAAAUGUUGAAAGAACUUGAUGCAACAACGAUGUGGUUUGCAUAUUUGUCGGAGAUGAUCUUUUCUGUUCCCAGUGAUUUGCUAUUGAAAUAUCAGGAUGAAUGUAUUCAAAUGCAUAAAUGUACCAUUUCACUAAUUUGCUCUAAUGCAUAUCAGGGAGCAUGUUGGUCACUUAAAAAUCUUCUAACACAAUUAACAGAAAUUUAUCCAAUAUCGGAGGAAGAUCGACAACAUAAUUUAGAUUUACCAUUGCAUUUAUCAUUGCCCAUUAAGAAAUGGGGUGUUAAAUGUCUCAAAGAUAUUGUAACAAUAAAAUGGCAUAUUCCAACAGAUGCUGAAGUUGAUUUUGCGGAAAAAUUAUUAAAUGAAUUUGCUUAUUCUGAGAUUCAAUUACUUACAACACCACAAAAUAUGGAUAAGUUUGUAAUCAAACGUUCGCUAUUUAUUAUCGAUAACUUACUAUCUUGUAUUGGCAAUCGUCUUCCAAUUUUUAACACUAAAGAAAUUAAACUAAGCGAGACAGCCGUUGAUAUGAAUCCCAUACAUAUAUUACCUGUAUCACCACGCAUGAAAAUGUUUUCUUUUAAUGGUGAAAAUAUUCGCGAACGAGUUCGUAUUACAAUACAUAAUUUAAUGGAAUAUUUAUUGAAUCAACAGGAUGAUCAAUCAAAAAAUCUUUUGCAUAUUUCAUUCGUUCUACAAACGUUAUGUACUGAGGAAUCAAUGCCGAGUUUUCGAGCUCUCCGGAAGAAUAUACGAAUAAAUUAUAGCGAUCCGAUAAAUGGACGUCGUGCUGAAUUGUAUGAUAUUUUUGAACGGCGGAUUUUCUCAUAUCAAAAAGAAUUGUCCAUCGAAAAUUCCAAAUUCACCGAAUCACAUCUGAAAAUCAUGAAGGAUCUCGUAAAACUUGGAACAAACUUUUUCACCGAUGUACGUAUCGUUUCUCAAACGGCGUUGAACAAAUUAAUAAUGAAAUUUCCAAAUUCGAAAUGUUUAUUAGUGGAUGAUGUGUUGGAGCAUUUAGAUCCAAAACGUAAUAUCAGUCAUGAAGAAAUGAAGGGAGCAUUAUAUAUUUUGAUCAAAUGUGGAUUUUUGAUUUCAAAUACAAUUUCUGUUCGUUGUAAAUGUUGGCUAGCAGUUGCAAAAAUUAAAGUUUCCGAGAAGCCAUCCAUUAUUGCAUUAGUACAGCAUGCUAUUCGUUCUGUUUCCAUAAAACAAUGGCCACUUCAAAAAAAUGUCAAUUCAGUAAAUAUUCGUAUAACCGGGCAAAGGAUGUUUACUGAUAAUAAUGCUAAUGAAAUAUUUUAUACUAAAUAUCAAGAAUUAUCUCAUUCACAGACAAUUCUUAUGUCAGAAAAUAAAUUUAAUGAAAAAUAUGAAAAGAAUCAGCAGCGAAUAGAUAGUGUUCGCAAGGAACUUGUUGAAAUUUGCAAAAAUAAAGGACAAUUAUAUCAUUGGCGACAAGUUGAUUCAGCACGAACAUUUCUUUUCACUUUUUAUCGGAAUCUUUUCACUGUUGAAGUGGCAGAAAUAUUUCUGCAAAUGUUAGUUGAUGUUCGUCCAAGAUGGCGACGUAUUGCUGCUGAAUGUAUCGCUAGUUAUUUAGAAUGGAAUAAGCCACGAACAAAAAGAAUAUUAUGGAAUCCACCUGAUAAGGUAAUUGAUCCGAAAUUCAAAUAUGCAUGUGGUUUAAGACCUGAUAAUUUAUGCAUCGUUUAUGAUCAUGAUAGAUUACCAAAUGAUGAGAAAACUUGGAACGAAACAAUAUUUAUAUCGAAGCCACAUUGGGGCGCAUAUCAAUGGCCAAGGAAAUUGAUGGUACCAGCUCCAGCAAAUACACAAACAGAACUGCAACGCUCCGUAUCAGAAUUCAAUGAUAUUGAGAAAUUAAUAAUUGAAUAUAUGAAAGAUGAACAAUUUCUUAAUUUUUGGCAUGCUAAUUUAUUAAAGGAAAAAGAAGACAGCGAUGUAUUCUAUGCUAGCGAAUACCGUUUCAUUAAAUAUUUAUUUCGAAAUUUCGGUAUAUCAUUGACAUCGCAAUUUAAAAUGUUGCUAAAAUCAUUAUGCAAUUCUGAGAACGAGAAUCCGAUAGUACGACAAGCGCAGACGAAACUUGCGGCAAUAUAUUGUGCUGGCAUUAUUCGUGGCUCAAGAAAUUGGCUUUUUAAUGAUUUGCAAGAAAUGUGGACCUGGUUGAAACCUAUUAUUGUCUAUCAAAUUGAGGGUUUGAUGUCGGAAACAGUAAAUUAUUGGGAUACUGCGUUGAAGUUUUGCUUAGAUGUUUGUGAUGUGAGAAGAUUUCAUUGGCUUGCAGAAGCAAUAUUUGAAAUUGCUUUAAGGCCUGCACCGACAACAUGGCAUCGAUGUGUACGAUUGGGUCUUAUACAAUACAUUUCUUCAUGCUCAGGUUGGAGAACAACAGAACUGUUAAAUCGUGCCAUAAAUAUUGCAAAUAUUAUGAUUUCACAAGCAUGGCUAGCACCGGAAAGAGAUCAAAUCGCAAACGUACUUUCAUUUCCUGCUGUUUAUGGUUUUGCAAUGGGUGAUGAAAGUAAUAUACCGAUGAAGUAUAGAUUUCCAAAGUUGGGGGAAAUAAUGAAUAAUAUAUUUGACACUCAUAUUCAAGAAAUGAUGAAAUCGCGUAAAAAACAAAUGGACAAAAGAAAUUCAUUAUCACCAGUAGUACAAUCAAAACAGAUAACCGUAUCAUCAUCAUCAUCAUCAUCACCGUCAUCUACAUUAUUGAAAAAUAAAGCACUAUGUUCUAAAGAUAAAUAUGACAAUCAAAUUGAUCAAAUUGCUAUCAGUCGGAAUACUGUCAUCAUAAGGCGUCAAUUAUAUAUUAAAACUUUGCUAAGAUUUUUGAAUGCAUAUUUUCUGUCUUGUUUCAUAGCUUUAUCAUCGCCUAUCAUAUCAUUCUUUCCGCUUAUCACUCAUCUAGCUGAUGAAGAAACAGCAGACAUGGAUGAGACAGAAGUGAUAAGGGAUGCUGAUUUAGCAGUUGAUGCAAGUGAUGUAUUAUUUCAGUCAUGGUCCGGUAUUUAUCUGUGUGAUGAACUUGCUGAUGAGAUGUUAAAAUGUGUUGAACGGACGAUGAAUGAGAGUACCAGUUGGAAGGCAUGGGUAUCUAUAAUGAAAUUUCUUCAUGUAUUCAUAUUUUCAAACAUACUUGUUUGCGAGAAGCAAAAUAGGCCUGAAACUGUGCGACGAAUGGUUUACAAUGCAAUUUGUCAUACACAACUUGAGGUACGACGAGAGGCUGCUGAUUGUUUGAUGGCACUGAUACACUGCGGUUUUCAAUCGCUUAGCAAUUGUUAUAUCAAGGAAUUAUUCGAGCAUACGAAGCAUAAUGUACCAAGUAAGAGGCAUGGCGCUGUAUUGGCUCUAUCGGCGGUAAUUCGCGCUUUUCCAUUCACUAUUCCAUCAUUGGUAUUCGAUAUGAUACCAAAAUAUUGCCGGCUUGGCAUCGGUUCUGAUUCUUUAACACGUAAUACGGUAACAGAAACACUGCGAUCAUUUUUGCGUACACAUCAUGAUAAGAUGAUUGAAACAGGUGAAAAGGAAGUGAUACAGAAAUUGCUCGUUUUCAUACAAAAUGUUAUCUCUCCCAAUUACUAUGUAUGA